AUGGUUUAUUGGCAUACUCUUUAUAAGAAGCAUCACUCAUGGAUGAUUAGAAAGACUAGAGGAUACAACUUCUUCUUGCUAUUUUUGUGCUUUUACAGUGUUUACUGGUACAAUCGCAGCAGUGCACAACGCACUUUGGCAUUUUUAGACAGAGUUAGACCAGAUGAGAAAAAAGCUAGAGAAGACUUGAAGAUGUGGGGAUACAGACGUCAUUAUCAGCCACUUAUAGCAAGAUCAAGAAAGAAUGCUUUAAUUGCACGCGGAGAUUAUGCUAUGCGCAUCCCAUAUGAAGAUGAGAUGAAGGCAGAUGAAGUUCUUAAACAGCAAGGAUAUACUCUUUAA